UUUUAACUGGAGGCGAAAGUCCCCCGCGGACUGGCGGGCGGAGGGAGGGGCGGAGAAGGCGACCGCUUGGGGGCAGUGGGAAGCCGGGGAUAUUCCGGUGACACUCCCGAGCGCAGGCGAGGAGGCUGGGGGAGGGGGCGCGGUGGGAGGAGGAGGAGAAGACAAAAGCCGAACCGAGCGGGGCCCGGGCGGCACUCGCGGGCAGCCUGCGCGGGAGGCCGCAGUGCACGGGGCUUCCCGGUCGGCGGGCAGGCAGCAUGGGGAAGGGGGGCAACCAGGGUGAGGGGACUCCCGAGCGCGAGGCCCCGAUGCCCACCUUCAGCUGGGAGGAGAUUCAGAAGCACAACCUGCGCACCGACAAAUGGCUUGUCAUCGACCGCAAGGUCUACAACAUCACCAAAUGGUGCAGUCGGCACCCGGGGGGCCACCGGGUCAUCGGGCACUACGCGGGGGAAGAUGCUACGGAUGCAUUCCGUGCUUUCCACCGCGACCUUGAUUUUGUGGGCAAGUUCAUGAAGCCACUGCUGAUUGGAGAGCUAGCCCCUGAGGAGCCCAGCCAGGACCGUGGCAAGAAUUCCCAGAUCACCGACGACUUCCGGGCCCUGAGGAAGACCGCGGAGGAUAUGAACCUGUUCAAGAGCAGCCACCUGUUCUUCCUCCUCCUCCUGGCCCACAUCAUCGUCAUGGAGAGCGUAGCAUGGUUCACCGUCUUUUACUUUGGCAAUGGCUGGAUUCCAACGAUCAUCACGGCCUUCAUCCUUGCUACCUCUCAGGCCCAAGCUGGGUGGCUACAACAUGAUUAUGGCCACCUGUCUGUGUACAGGAAGUCCACAUGGAACCACAUUGUCCACAAGUUCAUCAUUGGCCACUUAAAGGGUGCCUCUGCCAACUGGUGGAACCAUCGUCACUUCCAGCAUCACGCCAAGCCCAACAUCUUCCACAAGGAUCCAGAUGUGAACAUGUUGCACGUGUUUGUCUUGGGCAAGUGGCAGCCCAUUGAGUACGGCAAGAAGAAGCUGAAAUACCUGCCUUACAACCACCAACACGAGUACUUCUUCCUGAUUGGGCCACCGCUGCUCAUCCCCAUGUACUUCCAAUACCAGAUCAUCAUGACCAUGAUCGUCCGCAAGGACUGGGUGGACUUGGCCUGGGCCGUCAGCUACUAUGCCCGCUUCUUCAUUACGUACAUCCCUUUCUACGGCGUCCUGGGAGCCCUCCUUUUCCUCAACUUCAUCAGGUUCCUGGAGAGCCACUGGUUUGUGUGGGUCACACAGAUGAAUCACAUCGUCAUGGAGAUUGACCGCGAGUCGUACCGUGACUGGUUCAGCAGCCAGCUGGCAGCCACCUGCAAUGUGGAGCAGUCCUUCUUCAAUGACUGGUUCAGCGGACACCUCAACUUCCAGAUUGAGCACCACCUCUUCCCCACCAUGCCCCGGCACAACUUCCACAAGAUCGCCCCACUGGUGAAGUCUCUGUGCACCAAGCAUGGCAUCGAGUACCAGGAGAAGCCGCUGCUUAGGGCCCUGCAGGACAUCAUCAGGUCCCUGAAGAAGUCUGGGGAGCUGUGGCUGGACGCCUACCUCCAUAAAUGAAGCUGCAGCCCUCCUGGGCAGCCAGCUCAGACCUCUGGGCCCAGGGAAUGGCCGCCUUGCCUGCUGGAGCCGUCUGGCCCAGGGCUUGAGCAGUCCCUACUCCAGAGCUGUGACCUUGGACCCAGGGGGCAGGCCCGGAGGUGGGUUCAGCAGAGGCCACAGUGGCCAGCCUGCAGGCUCAGCCCUGCCCACCCCCCGCCCCGUUCAGAUGUUUGUCCAAGCUGGGAGGCCUGAGAUUCUGGAGCGAUUGGACCCUUCUCCAAAGUGCUCCGUUACCUGUCAGGCAUGCCAGCCAGUCCCUGGCCACUUGGCCCCAGUGGACUUGGGACCCACCGGCUGCAAGAGGGCUCUGGUGGGAGGUCUUCCACAGCCCCUCCCAUGUAGGGGCUGCCAGCGUGGACGUGCUCUUGCUGUCUUCCGCUCUCUCUUGUCUUUUACUGGUUUUUUAACCUUUUGCUACAGGAUACAUUCCGUUGCGGGGUGGUGGCAGUGGGGCUGGGCCUUGUGACAAUCUGCCACUUACCUGCAGCCCCCACCAGGCGCUGCAGCGGGUCACGGUGGCCCUGCCUGCUGGGGCUGCUGGAGCUGCUGCUGUCUGGAGGGCAGUGGGGGCAGAGAGGGAGCAGUCCCAGAGGAGGUGGGGGGCUGGGGGGGCUGGAUGGGGCCAAGUGGGGGUUUGGGGCUGGAGGUAGAGGGGCUGAGAAAGUGAACCAAGAGGGACCCAGAGCUGCUGCAUUUGGAAACCUAACCCACUAACCAGUAGUUAGCUUUAGGGAGGAGAGGCUGGGACAAACUCAGAGUGGAGGCCUUUGGGGACAAGAUUCUUGUCCCCCAGCUCUGGCCAGCCAGGAGGGACCAGCGUCUAGUGUGACCACGGGGUUGCCAUGGAGACAUGAGCCCCCUGAGGCCCUCUCACUGAGAACACAGGCCCCACAAGCUGCUGUCUCUCCCCAAAGGCAAAAUGGAUCCAUAGGGAACUGAUCUUAAUUUUUAUCUGUUGCUUCCCCACCCCUACAUUUUUUGGAAAUAAAAGAAAUAAUUUUAUUCUCACUUCUU